CAUGGAGGAAUAUCAGCCCCACCAUGAUGAGAUUGGCUUCAAUGCUGAUGAAGCACACAAUAUUGUGAAAGAGUGUAUAGAUGCUAUAUUGGGCGGUGUGGAUUAUAAUCAGAAUAAUGUCAACCAGUGGACUGCAGCUAUAGUGGAACAAUCUUUAACCCAUUUGGUAAAGUUAGGGAAGACAUAUAAAUAUAUUGUUACUUGUGCAGUGAUGCAGAAGAGUGGAUCUGGUUUACACACAGCCAGUUCAUGUUUUUGGGAUACCACAUCUGAUGGAACCUGUACCAUAAGAUGGGAGAAUCAAACUAUGAACUGUAUUGUCAAUGUUUUUGCCAUUGCUAUUAUCCUGUAGCUAAAUGGAAAUGUUAUACCAGCGCCUUUAAUAUAAGAAAUUAUCAAAAUGUUCUUGAUAAAACUAUUCUUAGUAUUAUUUAAUUACCUUAUUAUUGCACUAGAAGUGAAAGUGUGCAAUUGGCUUCAGAACAGUCAAAAGUAAACCUUAUAACUAAUCUUAUAACUCAUAGCAUACUUUAAUUAAACAUUUGCAUAGUUAGAAAAACAUCAAACCCAGAAAAAUAAGACAUUAGAUUUAAAUAUUGUAUUUAUAUUUGCACCAGCUUUCCAUUAACACUAUGUAUCCAGAGAAAUGGAGAAAUUAAGAUUGGGAUAGUAAAGUUCUAUUGUUUCAGAAAAAUAACAUUUUACCUGCCAAGUCUGUAUAAAUUUACCCAAAUUCUUAGUUCAAUAAUUAUCAGUGCCUCUUUUGGUUAUAUAAACAAGAUAGCUAAGUAUUCUAUGUUUCUCUUUUUACCAAGUACUAUUAUAUAGUAACUAGAAUUAACUUGUUUUCCCCCCAAGUAAUUAUUUAAUAAUUUGUUGCCUUUAAUUCCAAAAUCCAGAGUUCAUAAUUGAACAAUAUGGGUGAAUUGAUUUCUCUAGCCUAAUAAAAUUCACUGUAGAAUAACAAUAUGUACUAAUUCAACAAUAAUUGUCUUUCAAAUUAUUCUGUGUUCAACAAAUAUAUGUUGAUUACCCACUAUGUGCAGCAUUCUGUUUAAUUACCACAUUGCUGGUGCCUUCCACCCAGUUUAAAAACUGUAGCAUAUAUAUAAUUUGGGUUGUGGAUAUGUGGAUUAAAGCAUUUGGUUUGCAAUUUAGAGUAUAUAAGACAAUGGUAGUUAAUUAAUUUUGAGAGGAAAAUAAAAUGAGCAGAAGCCAUGCAGAAGUCAUUUAAAUCAUAUUGUUACUAUAAGUAGAUUUUAUUUUCUAUUGUAGACAUGAUUUAGAGAAAUAUUUAAAGAGAGUUGGUUAGAAUAAAUAUGCACUUUUAAUUUUGUUCUUAGUUUCAUAACUGGCAAGUUGUAUUUAUUGUUUUGAUUAUUAACUGACAUUUGUGAAUCACCUAUAUGAAGUUUAAAAUAUAUAGAGUAAGUUAUAAAUGUAAAGUGUAUAUUCGUUAGCAAGUUAUAUAAUAAC